GAGAAAUUCUACACUGGGUAGCAAUAUUCUCCGUGUAGGCCAGGGCCCCGGCUGGUUGCCACGGGAACAGCCGGCAAGCGGAAGUGGGGGCCGAUCGGGUGCUUCCCCUUCCGGGUUGGAGCCCCGCCUCUCCACCAGGGGAGCCCCAUGGGUCGUAUCCUGUGCACUCUCCGCUUGCCACUUUCGCGGCUGUCACCCUUCCAGGCCCGGCACCGCAUGCUGGACCCGGGAACCGUCCCGCUCCCCAAGCGACCCCGCGGCGACCUCAUGGCACCGCCCCGGAUCGGGACGCACAACGGCACUUUCCACUGCGACGAGGCACUGGCAUGCGCGCUGCUUCGUCUCCUGCCCGAGUACCGGGAUGCCGAGAUUGUGCGGACUCGGGACGCCAAGGAACUGGCUUCGUGUGACAUCGUGGUGGACGUGGGUGGUGAGUACGACCCUCAGAGACACCGAUAUGACCAUCACCAGAGGUCUUUCACAGGGACUAUGAGUUCCCUGUCCCCUGGGAAGCCAUGGCAGACCAAGCUGAGCAGUGCAGGGCUCAUCUAUCUGCAUUUCGGACACAAGCUGCUGGCCCAGUUGCUGGGCACUAGUGAAGAGGACAGCAUGGUGGGCAUCCUCUAUGACAAGAUGUACGAGAAUUUCGUGGAAGAAGUGGACGCGGUGGACAAUGGGAUCUCCCAGUGGGCAGAGGGGGAGCCUCGAUAUGCACUGACCACAACCCUGAGUGCCCGGGUCGCUCGACUUAAUCCCACCUGGAACCGGCCCAACCAAGACACCGAGGCAGGAUUCAAGCGUGCGAUGGAUCUGGUUCGAGAGGAGUUUCUACAGAGACUAGAUUUCUACCAGCACAGCUGGCUGCCAGCCCGGGCCCUGGUGGAAGAGGCCCUGGCCCAGCGAUUCCAGGUGGACCCAAGUGGGGAGAUAGUGGAACUGGCCAAAGGCGGAUGCCCCUGGAAGGAGCACCUCUACCACCUGGAAUCUGGACUGUCCCCCCCAGCAGCCAUCACCUUUGUUAUCUACACUGACCAGGCUGGACAGUGGCGGGUACAGUGUGUGCCCAAGGAGCCCCACUCUUUCCAGAGCCGGCUGCCUCUGCCAGAGCCAUGGCGGGGUCUUCAGGACGAGGCCCUGGACCAGGUGAAGAAUGCUCUUUCCUCAAGACUGAAAUGAACACAAGAGGAGUGGGUACCAACUUACCAGGAUGGCAGCAUCCACAGGUGAAGCUGAGAGUAGCCGCCCCCCAUUGGGGGCCCAGGCCAAGCUGGUGACAGGUGUGUGCCCAGGGUGAAAGAGCACCUGGGCACAGCCAGAAGAGGGUCUGCCGAGGGGAAAUGGAGAAUGUGGAGUCAGAAGCAGACACACACAAAAAAGUCCCAUGAUUCUAUUUCCUUGCCUCCUUCUACUCAAACCUCCCAAUCCCAGUGCCCGCUCUGAGCUCAAAUCCAGGUUGUGGAAAAGGAGUUAAGAUUAUGGAAAGUGAAGAAAACGAGGAACAAAGACCAGUACGUCUGCCAAGAAUGAGUGAUGGGCAUAUCUCCACAAGGGAUGAGCUGUCACUACAGCAGGAGGACCUCAGGGAGACACAUAUUUCUGAUCAGUAAAGUUCGGAUGUGCUGAGAUGGAGAGCUGUCAUGCCCUGCCCUGGAUGAGAGCCUUGUCUCCACAGGACCAUCCAGUCUGGAAUAGUCUAGGACAUUACCUCACAGUUCCAACCUCUUCUCUUUCCAGAGUUAUCUGCAACUCCCUUCUUUCUUUUCUUGUCAGCAUUAGUCACCCUUCUCUAGCAUAGGAUGUGUUCCUCCUAUGCACCUACAGUGUCUUCUGCUUCUGUCAUAAAGAUGCUGUAUGUGGCUUGACCUCCAUCACUAGGCUGAAAACUACCUGAUGGCACCGGCUGGCUUAUUCAGCCUUUUAUCUCAAGAGCCACACACUUGGCUGGAUGAGAGCAGGCGACUACCUGAAUUAAUGCCACCCUCACCCUUUUCCACCUAACUAUAACCACCUUUAGCUCCAAUGAGGUCUUAGGUAACUGAUCGACAACUCAUUCUUUGAAACUGUCUUUUCAGGAUGGUUCACAGAGAUCCAUCUCAUUCUUUUCGGUGGCUCCAUUGUAUUCCUUUAAGCAGAUAAACCAUAAUUUAUUCAAUCAUGCCUCCACGGAUGGACAUUUCAGCUGUCUGUAAUUUUUUGUUAUUAUAAAAAUGCUGCAAAAAAUAUUUUCUUUAUAUCUUUAUGAACUCAUGACAUUAUUUGUAUGGGAUAGAUUAUUAAAGUGGAACUUACUGGUAAAAAAAAGGCUUAUACCUUUAAAAAAAUGUCAACAGAUUAUUUUAUCUAGGUAUGAAAUAAUAUCAUCUUAAAAUAAGAAUUUUAUCUUCUUUUAAAAUAUUUUGCCAUAUUUCAUUUUGUCUUACUACUGCACUCACCUCCAAAAAUAAUGUUCAUUAAUAAUAGUGAUAAUAUCUGUCUUUACCUUGAUGUUAUUCAGAGCUCCUUUAGUAUUUCAUGUUUCACUGUUUAAUAUGUUAGCUACUGAUUUUGAGCAAAAUAUUCCAGUGUUUAGGUCUCUUUCUUCUACUAUUUUAUGUUGUGGUCUCAACUGAAAUGUCUGCUUUUUGGGAGGGGCAUUUAUUGAUGCAAGCAUUUUCCUCCUUUAAUUUGCUAAUGU